AUGGUGGCCUCAACUUCAACCCCCACGGGCGCACUCCCAUUUGAUGGUCCAACAUCAUCCCACUCCACGCCCGGCUCGUACACCUCCUCCUCUCAUGCGCUUCAUCACCACGCCAACGCCACACACGCCUCCACCCCAACGUCCACCACCUCUUUGGACCCGACCAACCUCUCCUCGCAUCCAACCUACACAGCCAUGUUUCCGGACCCCGAUCUGCCCAUUGCCAACAUCUCGCGCAUCAUGAAGCGUUCCCUACCCGAGAACGCCAAGAUCGCCAAAGACGCCAAGGAGUGUGUCCAGGAUUGCGUCUCCGAGCUGAUCAGCUUUAUCACCUCCGAAGCAUCCGACAAGUGCGCCGCAGAGAAACGCAAGACCAUCAAUGGGGAUGAUAUCCUCUACGCAAUGCGUGUGCUAGGGUUUGAUAACUACGAAGAGGUGCUCCGGGUGUAUUUGAGUCGGUACAGGAUGGAACAGGAGGCGAAUCCGAGGGUCAAGCGCAGGAAGAGGGGUGGUGCGGCUGGUGAGGAGGAGGACGACGACGAGAGCGAGGAUGAUGAGGACAAGGGUCAAAGGAGCGGGAUGGGGUCUGGUUUCAAUAGCCCUAGUCUGGCUCAUCAACUGUUGAAUCCAUCACAUUGA